AUGAACAAGAACGAGAACUCCCCCUUCUUGAACCCUACCGAGGGCGACGUGUAUCCUUCUUACACCAGAGGCUACGCUCGUGUUCCCCAGGAAGAUACAAUAUUAGACGUCCACGAGAUCGAGGAGAGUGAUAUUGUCAACUACGUUCAACAAAGAAGAGCUUCAAUUAUAUCGGUGGGAACAGAUGGAAUUCCAGCCUCAUUCUCCUUGAAUCGUCACACGUCCAGACCAUUUGAUGGGUUGAGAUCCGUCAAAUCCAAUGCUUCUCUUGAUGUUGGAGAUAUUCUCAGCUCGUCCAAUGUGGGUGAAGAACCGGAAACUGAUUUUAAGUCAGAAGCUAAAGUCUUGAUGAAGUAUUCGGUUCCCUUGAUCAUCACAUUCUUAUUACAGUAUUCGUUGACAGUUGCGUCGGUUUUUUCGGUGGGAAAGUUGGGGUCCCAUGAGUUGGGAGCCGUCAGUUUAUCUUCUAUGACCGCUAAUAUAUCGGGUUAUGCCAUUAUCCAGGGUGUUUCCACGUGUCUUGACACUUUAUGUGCCCAGAGCUUUGGUAGAAAAGAAUACAACAAGGUGGGUUUGCAUUUUAUGAGGUGUAACUACUUAUUGCUUUUGUGCUUUAUUCCAAUGUUUGUCUUGUGGUAUUUUCUUAGUGAAGGCAUUUUGUUGACGCUCGUGGGAGAAGAUCAGGCUAAAUUAUGUGGUUUAGCUUCCAAGUACUUGAAGGUGCUAGGCUUUGGGUUACCUGGAUUCAUUUUGUUUGAAAACGGUAAGCACUUUUUGCAAAGUCAAGGUGUUUUCCACGCCUCAACUUAUGUUUUGGCGGUUUGUGCACCAAUUAAUAUUAUUUUGAACUAUUUAUUAGUAUGGGAUAAAACUAUUGGAAUGGGAUUUGUUGGUGCCCCUCUCGCAGUGGUUAUAACAAACUAUUUAAUGUUUGUCAUGCUAUAUUCAUACAUUUAUUUUGUCAAAGGGUACAAAUGUUGGCCCAACCAUCCUUUAUUCAGUCUGGUUUACUUUAGAAGAUGGAAGAAGAUGAUUGACUUGUCCAUACCAGGCGUGUUGAUGGUUGAAGCUGAAUGGUUGGCCUUUGAAAUCAUUACAUUCACAGCAUCUCAGUUUGGAACGGAGGUGUUGGCAGCACAAUCAAUUGUGUCUACAUCCUGUGUUUUAUUAUACCAGAUUCCAUUCGCCAUGUCAAUUGCUGCAUCCACGAGAAUCGCUUGGUUUAUUGGUGCCGCAUCUAAGAAGGCGGUUAUUAUUACAACCAGAUCCACUCUUGUAAUUGCAUUCCUUGCCGGAUGCUUUACGGGUAUCGUUUUGUUCUCAUCCCGUAACUUUUUACCAACAUUGUACAGUAAGGACCCCACGGUCAUCAAAUUAGCUUCUAAAGUGUUAGUUAUAGGAGCUCUUUAUCAGAUUAACGAUGCAUUGUCAUGUAUUGCUGCAGGGGUUUUAAGAGGUCAAGGGAGACAAAAGAUUGGGGGCUAUUUGAACUUGUUCACUUACUAUGUGGUUGCAUUACCAAUGGCCUUCCUUUUAUCCUUAAAAUUCAACUUGGAACUUAUCGGAUUGUGGCUCGGAAUGUUGAUUGCAUUGUUUCUCUUGUCGGUUUCCGAAAUCUACUUCAUCAUUUAUAGUGACUGGGACCAUAUCAUCAAUGAGUGUAUCAAUGAGAGUCUCUUGGAUGAUGGGUCAAUCAUUAUUGAUAGUCAUUCCAUAAUGCCAAUUAUGAGCAGUAACCAGGUGGUCUAA